CGAAGUAAUUUAUUGGACAUUGUCAGGAUGUUUGAGGUUGAGGUUAUGCAGUUUCAUGGGAUGCUGGAUAGCACGGCCAAUCCACAUCUCAUGAGCGAUCUUCGGAUUCGAGAUGCGGACCUGUACUUGGUUCUUAUGCGUAACUUGCCUGAAAGGGUCCAACUUCAUUGUCAACUUCAUGCUGGACAAACAUUUUUGGACUUGAGACAAUGUGUUGAAGAUUACCAUCAUCGAACCAGGAUCGUUUCGGACCAUGGGAAGCUGGCCAAGUUGGACGUGGACCGCAAGGGCAAGGGUGGUGGUCAUGAAAAAGGUCAAGGUGAUGCACGUCAAAGGUCGCCCGCUGGGAGUCCAGCUUCAUCGUCAAAGAAGGGACCGUGUUGGUUUUGUGGAAAACCGGGACAUGUGGCCGCAGAAUGUUGGAAGAAGAAAGAAAAGAAAUCUGACAAGACACGCAGUGUUGAGGGUUCGGAUUCAGAGAAUGGAGAUUGUGGAGAAUCGUCGGGAUACGCUGAACCACUGAUGGUGAUUCAUUCGUCGAUUACAAGUACUGAGAGUAAUUCGUCAGGGAAUUCGAGUAGGAUCCAAGCUGGGAAUUCAGGUGCUUGUACUCGCGCCGGUGCGGCGUCGCGUGUUGCUGUGAGCCCAGAGCAGCUGUUGCGAGUGAAUGCCAGUCAGGGUGUUAGGUGGCUAGUGGACUCUGGAGCCACAUGUCAUGCGGUAUCUCGUAAGAUGUUGAAGAAGUUCACAGUUCUCAAGCACUAUAGGGGUGUGAAUGCUUCACUAGUAAGUGCAAGUGGAAAUGAGAUUCCAACACAUGGAGUUGUGGACUUGCGAGUGGAGUUUGGCGGACGUGACUUUGUUUUGAGUUUCGUUGUUGUGGCUGAGAUGCCCUUCAAUGUGAUCUCAUCGUGGGCGUUGGCUACCAAAGGUUGGGUGACUGUGCUGGCUGAGACCGAUGAAGGAUCGAAGCUUGUCUGCGAGAAGGCUCAAUGUGAGAUUGGCUUGCAGGUCGAGGACAGGUCGUGGUGGGCUGUCUGUAGUUCCGUGGUUGAUCGGCCAAGUAGGUCUGGAAAGGCAAAGGCUGUUCCGAUGGAGGUUGAUGCUUGCGUGGCUGAGUUUUUGGAACAGAUGUCCAUGCUUGAAAGUCAGGACGCUGGUGAGGUGUCUGUGAGGUUGGCUACGGCUGAGGAGGUUGAACAGGUAUCGAAACGAAUUCCGAAGAGUGUGGAGAAAGCUGAUGUGUCGUCCUCGAAACGAAUUCCGAAGAGUGCGGAGAAGGCUAAUGUGUCGUUCUCAUCUCCAAAAGUUCAAACGUUUAGGCCGUCCAGUGGCUCCAUGGGAUCGUAUUCGUAUUUGGUUCGGGUGGUUGAGAGCGAAGCUGUUUUUGCCGCGCCUGUCUCUGGCGUGAGUGGGAUUGAAGUGUCUGUGGAUUGCCAGGGGAGCGUGUUUGAGCGUGAACACGGCUCUCGAGCCGACAUGGUAGGUGGUUGGCUGUGGGACCUCAGUCCGUGUGGGAGUUUGGAACUUGAGCUUGAGAGUGUUGAGCCAGCGUAUGCGGUGCAGUUGAAGAGAUGCGUAAGCGGUUGGUUGUUUGUGCUUUGGAUGUGGUUUGUCCUUUUGAAGAGUUGUGCACUGUUUUGGUAUCUAGAGAUGCUAGGAUGUCGUUGGCAUGUGAGAGUCAGUUUGUUUUCUUUGAUCCCCCAUGCCUUCCGCGCCCCGUACGGAGUGAGAAGAGCAGCGUUUGGUUUUGGGAUGAGAGGCGAUUCCGUGCUCAGUGUCACUGUUGUCGGACAUGGACAUGAGACUCAGUGGAUGAUAUGGGUGCCAGUCUAUUUAGGUUUUCGACCGUUGCUGUGUCGCUCAGCAGUCAAGAGAAUGGGUACAGAAGAUGUUGACGAUGCAGCCCGGUCUGGGCCGCACUUUCGGCACCACAGAGGCUUAAAAACAGAUAUAUUAAAUAUAUCUGCCGUUUUUGAGGUGCUAAUGCAGUUGCAGUCAUGUCAUGAAAUCCGCUUGGAUCGUGAGCCAGGGUCCGGGAGCCUCGUUUGUGAGAGAGUUGACAUGAUCCGUGGACUACCUAAAGUAGUAGAUGUUGAGGCAGAAGGUGAAGGUGUAAGAGAACGAGAGCCGUUUGAUCCGUUUGCGGAUGAUCCGUUAGAUGGGGAGUACACUCCAACGGAGGCACCAGGUUCACCAGAAGGUUCACGUGAUAAGGAUCUAGAUGUUCCGAUUGACGUGGAAAUGAGUGAACAGUCGGAAUUUGAACCCGAGCUUGUAUCGCCGCAGUUGGAAGAGAGUGUAGCUGCGUACGCACGUCAUUGUUCAACAGGCCAUUGGCCUUAUAGUAGAGACUGUAAGUCGUGUUGUAAAGCUCGUGGUCGUAUGCCUGCUCGCCGUCGUGAGAAGGAAGAACAGUUUUCUGUUGGAGUUGAUUUUCUCUUUUUUGGAAAUAAGAUUCGUGUGUUCUUGGCCGUAGUUGUAAGUACACACAUGAUGUUUGCGCACGUGAUGCGCCCGUCAUACCACCGGAACGUGUCCGCGAUCUCAGCGGGGAUGGCGGAGAUUGGGGCUACGGGCCAAGAGAUUGAGUGGGUUGGAGAUCAGGAAGAUUUGUUGGAAAAGUUGUUGAGAGAUGUUGCAAAGUAUCAAACUUUUCCCGGCAUUGGAGCGCAUUGGAGACAUGCCCCCGUUGGAAGAAAGCAGGGUUUGGUAGAACGAUACGUUUGCAUUUUCAAAGAGGGUGUGUUUUCGAUUUGGAUGAGCAUGGAGGACAUGUUAGGGUGUCGGGUGGCUUUGGAAAGUGACCUUUUUAAACUCUGUGUUCAGUAUGCCGCGAGAACUCACAACAUACAUAACACAACUCGAUGUUCCAGCGCAACCCCUCUGGACCGGAUGAGAAAUUCGAGUGAAGCCCCAAAACCGUCGACGUAUCCUUUCGGGUGCUUGGGAAACGCUGUACCGAAGAACAAGGAUGAUCCUAGGUUUCGAGGUCAAAGGCUUGUUCCUAUCGUGUAUUUUGGACCACUGCGUUCAACUGGAGCCGGAACUUUAGGGAUGUGUUUGGAACGUUUUGACGACGCGCCCAAAGUUGAAGAGUUUGGUAAGUUUAGGAUGCAGGUUGGGGAACAAGGGAAUCCUUUUGUGAUGAGUCGUGAAGCCCUUGAGCCUGUUGCGAUUCCUAGAGCGCAAGUUGCCCCUCCUGUUGAAGAUUACCCCUCUCAGCCGCCUGCCCCGGCCGGCCUGCUUAAACGACGUCGGGAAGAAGGUUCUAGCGUGGAGCCUGAGCCUGUGACGGUGGAACCUGUUGUAGCCGCACCAGAUGUUGAGAUGGGAGCAUCAAACGUACCUUCAGAAAUUGGAGAUGAGAGAAUGGAAUUGGACAUGUUGAUUGUGAAUUGGCAUGAAGCAGAACGCGAAAAGUUUCUUUUGAGAAAUUUUGAUGGGAUGCCUUCGGUGUCAAAGGCUUCAUGUUACAAAGUUGUUGAAACGUCUUUUUGUGGAUUGAAGGUAGAGGUACCGAUUCCGCAUGAUUUGAGAGACGAAAACACAGGUGAUGCUCUGAGUCCGGAAGAAGUGUAUGCUGCGGUACGGGUAGAACUCGACUCGUUGACCGCCCUUCGGGUUGGAAAAGGAAUCCUUGAGAAAGAAGCGCAAAGGGUAGCCAAGGAAGCAGGGAUUCGAAUCUUGUCAUCGCGUUGGGUCCUGACCCAAAAGUCGGAAGGACUCGCUCGGGCCCGUCUGGUUGUCAAGGACUUUAGGACGUAUGGAAAAACACCAGUUUUGGAAGGUAUAUAUUCCCCUACUGGAAGCAUUGAAGGUUUGAGGAUAAUGCUGGCCUUUGGAGAGUAUACAGCGUGCUUCUAUGGAACCUUGGAUGUCUCGACGGCAUUCAUGUUUGCAAAUCUCCCUCAGGAUUCAUUGGUGCUCGUUCGGAUGCCUCCCAGCAUCCUUUCCCGAAAUCAGAGGGUGACUUUGGUUCUUUGGAAGGCUAUGAAUGGUCUUAGGGAAGGACCGCUUCGAUGGUACACCGAGCUGACUUCAGGGCUUGAAAAGGAUGGCUUUCAGGCAACUGCGGAGGUCACGUUGUGGCGCCGCCAGGAGGGAGAUGGAUCGGUCACUAGUGUUUUGAUCUACGUUGAUGAUUUGCUAGUAUCUAAUCCGAGUAAAGAGAGAGUUGAAAAUGUCAUGGUGGUGUUGGAAGGUAAGUACAAGGUAAAGAGAACGGGUUGGCUUUCUCAGGAGAAUCCGGGACAGUUGAAAUUUUUGGGACGUUUGUUGACCAGAGAGUGGGCGUAUGGACCACUCACUCUGGGAUUGUCGGAAGAGUAUGUGGAUGAAAUUCUGCAUGUAUGGAAUGAGAGAUUGAAGCCUACUGAAUCUCUACCAAAAUUGGAAGACCUUCUGAAAUCAGAAGAGAAGAAAGAACACGCACCAUUGACCGCUGCGGCAGUUGAGAGAUAUAGGAAGGUUUUGGGCAUGCUGGCUUGGGCCUCGGUAUCGCGAUGCGAUUUGUUGUUUGUUGUGGGAUUCCUGUCUCGAGGACAGAGUAGUCCUACUGGACCGUAUGAAUCGUGUUUGAGAGCGGUACUGAAAUGGAUUAUGACUAGAAGAGCUGUUGUCCAAACGUUUCCUGCAUCAGCGCCACCGUCGACUGUCUUAGAAGGGGAAGAUGUGUUGAUAGGUUAUUGCGAUGCCUCUUGGAACAACCCGUCGGUUUCAGGAGGAGGCAUUAGCUGGAACGGUCAUUGCUUGAAGAUGUGGUCCAGGAAGCAAUCAGUGCCAGCUCUAUCAUCGGCAGAAGCAGAACUCGCGUCGAUGGUGGAGUGUUUGAAGGAACUCAUGCAUGUGGGGAUUGUGUUGCAAACUCUACGUCAAGGUAUCGUGUAUGAUGCUCAAGGAGCUCCAGAGAAAACGACGCAUGACAUGAAGAUGGUAUUGCAUUGUGAUUCAACAGCUGCAAACUCGAUCAGUGGGAUGAUUGGAUUGUUGCGGAAGAUUCGUCAUGUUGAAUUGAGGGCAGCCUUUUUGCAGUACUGCGUUCGUAUUCGAAAAGUUAAAGUUGUUUUCUACGAAGGAGCAUUGCAACCGGUCGUUGGCUUGACCAAGACUCCGAGUGCCGUGAUGUUGAAACAUUUAGGAGACUUUGUGGGUUUGGAAAUUGUUCGAAGUCUCUUGAACACUCCGGAGCCCGAAUGUGAUUCAUGGAUGGAAGAGGAUAUGUUUGUGAUUCGAGUGCAUCGUGUACCUCGUUCGGAUUUGUUUGUUCCAGAUGAAUUGUCGGAACCACCUGUUGCGUUGGGUAGGAUUGGAAAAAUUCGUGAAACCGUUUGUGUCUUUGUAGAUGGUGGUUCACCUAUAGUCAUUCGAGAUGAAUGGAGGGAAUCGACCUUUCAGUUGGAUUCUGGAAUGAAACGGAUGUGGACGGGAGAAACUCGUUUUGAGCUUCUAGAAUGCAUAGAUGCCUUGGCUGACAGUGUUUCGAAUGCGGCGAACCAGAAAACAGUGACAUUUGAGAUGUCACCAAUUUCGCCAGAGCCUGGAACUCAGGACAGUUUGGGAAAGGAGAGUUUGUUUAUGGUGAGUUUCCGUGAAUCCAUGGAGAAAGUUCAAGAAUGGAAGAAAUCAGUUGACAUGCUAUUUGGGCCAAACUUGCCUAAAUUAGUGUUCGUUGAAGUUUGUUGUGCAAAGAUGUCGUCUGUUCAAAAGGUUUGUGAUCGAAGAAACCAAGAAGGGGAUUCGAUUUGCUAUUUUGGAAUUCAUUCUGAAACGAACUUGACAUGGAAACAGACUCAAUGUGUUCUGGCACAUGUCUUGAAGUUUUGCAAAAGGAAGAGACUUCCAGUCAGAAUUCACUUCUCGACACCUUGUACAUCAGGAUCACCGUAUAUAUUUUUGAACAGUGCAAGAAAUUCAGGAUAUAAGAAACGUUUGAAGAAAUUGCAACGUGUGCAUAGAGAUAUCUGGAAGAUAUGUAAUUCGCUGUUUGGACCGUUUGCUGGCUUGAGAACUUUUACCUUCUCGCAGGAGUGGCCUAAACAUACGCUGUUGUGGAAAGAUCCAAUCUACGUUCGAAAUGCUUCGGUAUUCGGCAUGUCAUUUGAAGAACAGGUAGAUCGAUGUGCAUUUGACAAAGUUUUUCAUAGAUGGAAAUUCAUGUGCUCGACCGAUAUUGGAGAAGACCUUGGAGGAUUCUUCUGUAUGCAUGGGCCUCAGGAUCAUUUGAAGAUGGAUGUUACUUCGAAAGGAUUUUAUCCAAUCGGAUUGGCACGCCAACUGGUCCAGAGUGCUUGGAGAGCGGUUGAGGGAUGAAAUUCAGUUGCAGCUAGUGUACAUUGAUGUUGAUAUGUUUACGACUAUUUCGGCAAGAAGGGGUGUGAAAAAUAACGUUCCUAGGAUGCCUCGUAGUCGUC